AUGGAUUAUUUUGAAACACCCUGUAUAUAUUUAUAUAUAUUUAUCUCAAUAUGUUUAAUAUCUAUCUAUCUAUCUAUCUAUCUAUCUAUCUAUCUAUCUAUCUAUCUAUCUAUCUCAGUUUAUUCAAAUGUAUCUAUCUGUCUAUCUAUCUCUGUUUAUUAUUAUUAUCUAUCUAUCUAUCUAUCUAUCUAUCUAUCUAUCUAUCUAUCUCUGUUUAUUCAAAUCUAUCUAUCUAUCUAUAUAUAUAUAUAUAUCUAUUUCUGUUUCUUCAUAUCUAUCUAUCUAUCUAUCUAUCUAUCUAUCUCUGUUUAUUCGUAUCUAUCUCUGUUUAUUCAUAUCUAUCUAUCUAUCUAUCUAUCUAUCUAUCUCUGUUUAUUCAAAUCUAUCGAUCUAUCUAUCUAUCUAUCUCAGAUUCUUCAUAUCUAUCUAUCUAUCUAUCUAUCUAUCUAUCUAUCUAUUUCAGUUUCUUCAUAUCUAUCUAUCUAUCUCUGUUUAUUCAUAUCUAUCUCUGUUUAUUCAAAUCUAUCUAUCUAUCUAUCUAUCUAUCUAUCUAUCUAUCUAUCUCUGUUUAUUCUUAUCUAUCUAUCUAUCUAUCUAUCUCAGUUUCUUCAUAUCUAUCUAUCUAUCUAUCUAUCUAUCUAUCUAUCUAUCUAUCUAUCUAUCUAUCUAUCUAUCUAUCAGUUUAUUCAUAUCUAUCUCUGUUUAUUCAUAUCUAUCUAUCUAUCUAUCUAUCUAUCUAUCUAUCUAUCUAUCUCUGUUUAUUCAUAUCUAUCUAUCUAUAUAUCUAUCUAUCUAAGUUUCUUCAUAUCUAUCUAUCUAUCUCUGUUUAAUCGUAUCUAUCUCUGUUUAUUCAUAUCUAUCUAUCUAUCUAUCUCAGUUUCUUCAUAUCUAUCUAUCUAUCUAUCUAUCUAUCUCUGUUUAUUCAAAUCUGUCUAUUUAUAUAUUUCUUUUUAUUCAUAUCUAUCUAUGUUUAUUCAUAUCUAUCUCUGUUUAUUCAUAUCUAUCUAUCUAUCUAUCUAUCUAUCUAUCUAUCUAUCUAUCUAUGUUUAUUCAAGUCUAUCUAUCUAUCUAUCUAUCUAUCUAUCUCUGUUUAUUCAUAUCUAUCUAUGUUUAUUCAUAUCUAUCUAUCUAUCUCUGUUUAUUCAUAUCUAUCUAUCUAUCUAUCUAUCUAUCUAUCUAUCUAUCUAUUCUACGACGAUAUCUUUAUAG